UCAUUGAGACAUCCUACACCCGAGCUUGUUUCAGAGCAGAAUAUAAGUAGAGUCAGAUCAGUAGAGUCCUCACUCAUAAGAUACUCUACGAUCUAUCAACACUUACUCUAAACUCUGCAGGAACUGCAAAACAUCUGUGACCAUGAAGUUGCUUCUUGCAGGAAUUGCUCUGAUUCUCAUUGUGGAAACCAAUGCUCAGUGGUACAACUUUCCUCGUGAAGCCGCUCAAGGAGCUGGUGAUAUGUGGCGAGCAUACAGUGAUAUGAGGGAGGCCAACUGGAGAAACUCUGAUAAAUACUUCCAUGCCAGAGGAAACUAUGAUGCUGCUCAGAGAGGAGCAGGGGGCAGAUGGGCCGCUGAGGUUAUCAGUAAUGGCAGAGAGUGGAUACAGGAAAGAACGGGUCAUGGUGCCGAGGACUCUGCUGCUGAUCAGAGGGCAAACCAGUGGGGACGGGACGGAAACGAUCCCAACCAUUUCAGGCCAGCUGGACUUCCAGAAAAAUAUUAGUAUGAAAGUCAUCAACUCCUGACAAUAAAAUGAAAGAAAUGAAAGACA